CAUUAUAAGUUCAUAUUUGUCUUUUUCUUUUCUCGAAGAAAAUUUCAACGAAAACUGUCUCUGGUAAUCAUUAUGAACCAGAAAACUUUUACUCUAUUUCUGUUAAUAUUCGUAAUUUCGUUAGCACAACGUGCACCUGAUAUUAGAAAGAUUUUCAUAGACUUUUGUGCUCUUCGUAUUCAACGAAUAAAAGAAGGAACUUUUGAUGAAAAUAACAAAGCUACGAACGAUUGUAGGGAAAAAAUGUUGACCAAAGAUGAAAUUGCUAUAAUUGCUAAAUGUGAGCGUAUUUUACGGAUAAACGAGGCUGAUCAAGUUACCGAAAUUUGUGCUGAUUUCAAUGGCAUUAAAGGCAAGUUUACUGAGCUCGUGCGAUGCAUAAAGCAAGAUAUUGGUAGCACAGUCCCAAAAUUCUAUUUUUGCGAAUACGAAAAUCCAUUUGCUAAUUGAAGCAUUACCAUUACCAGGAGUAAACUGAAGAACAACUGAAAAUAGCCCGAUAUUCGAGAUAACUAAUCGACUUGGUUGCUAUUUGAACCGAUUCUUCGUUAAAAUUAUCAAUAAACUCAUAAAAACCCUA